UAUUUUUGUUUUAUUAAAAUUAAAAUAAAGUAGAAUGUAGACGAGUCUUAAGCAGCAGCAAAUAGAUAGACAGACGAAUAGGGAAGAGAAAAAGGCUACGAACUUUUGGUUCUGUUCAGCUUCAGAGCUCCAAUAGCAGGUGGCCAAACCUCUAGAAUGACAUCGGUGUUUGGAAGGACUCAUGUUGUCAGGCCGAAAGGGACACACCAAGCAACCAUAGUUUGGCUACACGGCCUUGGUGAUAAAGGCUCAAGCUGGUCACAACUCUUGGAAACCCUUCCUCUUCCUAAUAUAAAGUGGAUUUGCCCAACUGCUCCCACUCGUCCAGUGUCUUUAUUUGGUGGAUUUCCUAGCACUGCUUGGUUUGAUGCCGUAGAUGUUUCAGAGGAUGCACCUGAUGAUUUAGAUGGAUUGGAUGCAUCAGCUGCACAUGUUGCAAAUCUCUUGUCGACAGAACCUGCUGAUAUUAAACUAGGAAUUGGAGGAUUUAGUAUGGGUGCUGCAGCUGCUCUUUACUCAGCCACGUGCCACAUUUUGGGACAAUAUUCUAACAGAAACCCAUACACGGUUAACCUGAGCUGUGUUGUUGGUCUAAGUGGCUGGCUUCCGUGUUCCAGGACACUAAGGGGCCGAAUGGCAGCAUCAAAUGAGACUGUCACUCGUGCAGCAUCAUUGCCGAUUUUGCUCUGUCAUGGCUCUGGGGACGAGGUGGUACCUCAUAAGUUUGGAGAAAAAUCGGCAGAUUUCCUACGUUCAUCUGGAUUUGGAAACCUCACAUUUAAAUCCUAUGAUGGGCUGGGUCACUACACCAUCCCUGAGGAAAUGGAUGAAGUUUGCAGCUGGUUAACUGAUAAGCUUCGCCUUCAAGGAUCAUGAUCUGAUAAAGCACCGGAGGCAGCUGUGGAGCAGGCAAGAUGCCAAAUUAGAACACAACAGCAAUAAGAGGAGUAAGAUGGUAUUGCUUAAUUAUGAUGGAAAUAAUGAAUACGGUAAACGGUAUAAUCUCCAUUCUUGUAUUGUUGAAGGUGAAAACAAAGCUUAUUCUAUUAUUUUUUGCAAGGAGGGAAAAGCAGUUGCUUCUUUCUUUUCCCUCAACUUUUCUGUUCAUUUUUCUUGUUCCUCUUUCUCCUUGCUUUUGAAAUAGAGGUGUCUUUGUGAGGGUGAUCAACAAGUUGGAGUAUUUGUAUUGUUACAAGAUCAUUGCUAUAAGCAAAUGUGGUUUGUAGUAGCAAUUUUCCAUGCA